CCGCUUGUAUUACUACCCCGCACGAGCUGGCCGCCGCCAUCGAUUUCGAGCAACGAACCCUGACUUACUUCCCGAUGGCAGUCACAUUACCUUGCACAAUGUUCGGGCUAGAUAGAAAGUCAGUAUACUCACCCGGAGAAUCUACUGCACGCAUCGUCUGGGCUGCUCAUAUCCUCUUCUAUCUCACAAACAACCGAAAACAUGAAGAACUACACGAAGAUCAGAACAACCUCGAGCGCGACAACAACGCCGAUGACUCGAGCGAUUAUGAGACAGACUACGAGACAGAGAAGAAUGUCAUUCUGUCAAGCUCUCGAGAUUCCGUUCGGCAAAAAUUUCUGGACUGUAUUGCACAACUGCUGUCGCCCUGCAAGGGAUGGGAUUGGGUUACCGCUGCAGCGAUACGUGAAGGGGAAGAAGGAGUGGAGGUCGAUAUAACAAGAAACGAUGGCUUUGUUUCAGAUGAAGAAAAUGAGAGAAUGAGCUACUGCAAGAUGUUGGAGGAAUAUCUGGACAGUAAUGCUAGAGCUGGGAUGGGUUCAAACACGACUGCAACUUCCCUCUCAAAGUUCGAGCUAAAAGCGAUAAGAUACAUGUCCCGACGGAUCGAUGAUUGGGUGAAAGAUCUCCAGAAAACCCUGAAAACUAGCCAACUUUUUCCUGACUGGAGUUCUCUACGAUGGCUUGGGCAGGAGGCUGAAGUUGAAUCUUGGACGACCAUUACGAAUCUUCUACGACAAUUCAAUACUGAUAUGGAAGCCAUCAAACAUAAUACUCGAGUUAUGAUAGUACAAAAAGCUUACAAUUGUCUCAAAUCAACUCAAAUUCGACAGGUGUUGUCAGAUGCCUUUGGGACGCCGACUGGCUUGAAGCUCUGGAGCCAGUUAAGCUUUAUUGCCAGACCACUGCUCGAUUGCAGAUUAUUGGCAUCAAUAGCUGUUCGAGAGCCACAGUUUGGAAACUGUAAAAUCUUAGUCAUACCGUCUAGAUCGAUGACAAAACUGGAAGCCAGGUACGUGGUUGGAAUAUUCGAGGCGUGGGAACGACUGGAGAUGGGCUCUACACCUGAGCAUGUGAUCCCGAAACUUACACCCUUUGGCCAGAAGUUUGAACAGGCCUGUGCAAAAGCAUAUUAUCUGCAUGCUGAGAUGCAGCUGGUGAUGCACUACGAGGAGAAAUGUGCACAUCAGCCUACUCUAAACUACUUUGGAUGCAGUAAAAAGACCUGUUUGCUCUGUGAAACCUUUCUUGGUGCGUUGCCAAGUCCAAUUUCCACGCGUGGAAGGCAUGGUGUUUGUUAUCCUGCCUGGGCCGUGCCAAGCUCGAAUUCAGAUGCCAUAGAGGCCACUCUCGGACGGGUUGAGUCAAGCCUUAUAGCUCGCAUUCAGGAGUUUGUUGCCGAUCUGAUGCACCCUACACAAAAAAGCCUCGCUGUGCAUGUUAAUGUCAAGCAAUCCGGAUUAGUGUCUGAUUUUUCACACUUCACUGUUGAAGACUGGCGGCAGAGAGAACAAGCCUUGAGGUUUUUUAAAGACAAACAGACAAUCCGGCAUAAAGACCAACUCAUACUUGAGGGAUUUACACCAACAACUGAAUCGAGGUAUCACCCGCUCGAGAAUUUCGAACUGAAGGACUGUUGCGUAAUGUGCAAUAAAAGCCCCGGAAUAAAAUGUGCACAGUGUGGGAGCACAUACUAUUGUUCCGGAGACUGUCGGGAGAGUGACUUUCCUUCGCACAGCCUUCUCUGCGAACAAUUCGCUACUCAGCGUGAUAGACCGUCUCCGGAACACAAACGGGCUAUAUUCUUCCCAGUUGACAGAGAAAAGCCGUGUUUGAUAUGGAUUCGAUACUCUCACCAAUACGACGAGGACGGGAUUAGAUGGACGAAGGUUGAUCCCUAUCCCUAUCUUGGAACGGAUGAACCAAUCAAAGGAGUGAUGCGUAUUGAACAUAACCCAGUACGAUGUCGAAAUCUAGGCUCUGGAUAUGUAGCAUUUUCCCCGAGUAAGGAGGGAUACUGCGUCUCUUUGAUACAUCGCGAGGCCUAUUUGAUAGAUGGGUCAAAAACAAACAGAAGUAUAUCAGCUUCUGUGAGAGCGUCCUGCACAUCCACCACUCCACAUGCAUACCGUGGCCCUAUGAUUGCCCUGCAAGAGAUCCCCCAAGAGGAUUAUGCCGACAUAACACUAGGCGACUUCCGGCAUCUAAUGGACUACUUAAGAAGCUACCAAAACACGCAUAUCAGGGAAAGCGUCCCUGAUCUACAACACCGUGCCCCGACAACCGUUCGUGGCGUGAAAAUCUGUUGUCAUGGCGAGGUAAAGCUUCAUGGGUCUGUGCCUUUCGUUUCCGUUGAUAUUGCCCGAGCAAACAAGAUCUCCCUGGGCAGUGGAUCAAUCUCACCGAUAACCGUCUGCCUCGGUAUGCCUAUACGGCUCUGGAAGGAACCAGAUUCCGAGUUCCGCACUGACCCACCAGGAUGGGAAGGGGGCAUGGGUGCAGACAGCAAUCCUAAUGUUGCAUUCUUGAUGAUGGAAACUAAUACUUUCAAAGACGAGUGGGGCUGGGCCCCAAUGUACUGGAACAGCGAGAUAGGGAAUGUCUGGGCUGCUCGUGAAGACGGGCAAGAUCUGGCUGUCAAUGAUAUGGCAAUGAUGUGCCAUUUUGCGAGGCAUAGACUACAGCGUAUGUUUGAAGACGUGAUGGAAUCGGACUCGAGCUCAGUGAGUAGGCAGAGGGUUUUGGAUUUCAUUACAUGGAAGAAUAUGAUUACUUAUUGGGAUGAGACUAGUGAACAUUAG